ACCUCUGAAGCAGUUGUGUCUGAGCUGAAUGCCCAAUGCACGCCGGAGCAAUUACUCAACCACGCUCGCUGGCGGAUGGAAGAGAGGGUUCGUACAAACAACUGAACCCCGGCAUAUUUCUACAAUUGGACUUAUUUUACAAGAGUGCUAGAAAUCCAUAUGCAGCAAAGAGCCUUCAUCCAUCAGAGGCCGAAACAGUAGAGAAAAGGCAGAGAGCUUUGUCGAUGAGUUUGCAAUGAAUCUGUUUCAUCAGAUGCACAAAGCAGUGGCCAGAAUCAAAACAACUGACUGUCCAUAUUGUCCAAAGUUAAAUUGGCACAUUCGGGGCUUGUCAAGUUACCAGGAAUUGUCUUGUACAAAACAUGAAUAUGGUGUUAGCCGAAGAAAUUCUAAAUAAGACAUACUCCGUUGUAAUUCCAGCAACCAAAACUUCAGCUAAUUCCAGUGAAAUAUUAGCCACACUAUCAAUAGGCACUAGAACGCAUCUUGAACUCAAUGGUCAGGACCAGACAAAAAUAAAUGAUUCCACAUACCAGGAAAUUACAACAGGGGAAAUCAUCACGGUCAGCUUUAUUUUUGGAGUGAUCUGGCUUAUUGCUUUGUUUGGGAACUCUCUGGUUUGCCUUGUAAUCCACAGAAGUAGGAGGACACAAUCAACUACCAACUACUUUGUAGUGUCCAUGGCAUGUGCAGAUUUGCUCAUCAGUGUGGUCAGCACUCCCUUUGUCCUUCUGCACUUUACCACGGGGAAGUGGUUGUUAGGGGAUGUUAUGUGUAAACUAGUUAGGUACAUUCAGUACCUUACUCCAGGUGUCCAGAUCUAUGUCCUUCUCUCCAUCUGCGUGGACAGAUUUUACACUAUUGUGUAUCCUCUCAGUUUCAAAGUGUCCCGGGAGAAAGCCAAAAAGAUGAUUGCUGCUUCCUGGAUUUUUGAUGCUGCAUUUGUGUCCCCUACUUUGUUGUUCUAUGGCACAGAAGGUGGCACCUGUAAUUUGUUUCUACCCCAGACCUGGAGUGGUGUUGCCUAUGGCACUGUUCAUCUGUUGGUGGGAUUUCUGAUUCCUUCUGUCCUCAUCAUACUGUUUUACCAAAAAGUAAUCAAAUACAUUUGGAGAAUUGGCACAGAUGGGAGGACUGUAAGGAGGACAAUGAACAUUGUACCCAGAACGAAGGUUAAAACAAUCAAGAUGUUUUUGCUGUUAAAUUGCAUGUUUUUGUUGUCUUGGUUUCCAUUUUAUGUGGUUCAGAUCUGGCAACCAGAUCAGAUGGAUUACACAAGGUGUUCAGCACUAUUUCUGUCUAUUGCACUGGUGUCUUUCAGCUCUUCAGCAUCUAAACCCAGCCUCUAUUCAAUCUUCAAUGCUAACUUCAGACGUGGAAUGAAGGAGACUUUCUGCAUGUCAUCAAUGAAGUGUUACCGUAGUAAUGCAUACACCAUCACAACUAGUUCCAGGAUGGCAAAAAAGAACUAUGUUGGGAUCACAGAGAUUCCUGCACCCACCAAAAAUGCAACCAAAGAUACAAUAUAUGAAACAUUUGACAGAGAAGCAAGAGAGAAAAAGCUUGCAUGGCCUAUAAAUUCAAACCCUCCAAAUACUUUUGUGUAAUCAAUAUAAUUCUUUUCAUGUUUCCACUGCACCACUGGAAAUGUGUUUAUCCUUAAAUUCAUAAAUGACAAGAAGGUAACUGAUCCUUACUGAAAAUCAUCCCAAUUCAAAUCUUCCAUCAUAGUGUCCAAACGUAAUUUUAAAAAAAUUGUUUUAAAAAUAAUUACAAGUUUGUAAGAGGCCAUUUAUUACAGACAAUGCUGAAACUCCACUGUGAUUGCAUCAGAUAUUUAAAAUAAAUUAUAAUAUUUCUUUAACUUACAGCACCAAGUGCAAAGUGUAUGAUUCAUCCAAGAAAAUGCUUAGUAGUACUUUAAUAUCUUGGACAUGUCAUUGAACUUCAUAUGAUUUUGAAUGAUACUCCUAACAGAUGGUGUUUGUAAAAUAUAAUCCAUAAACCUUUGAAACAUGUUCAUUUUGUUCAUCUGUUAUCUGAUGUACAUGGCAAUGUAAAUGUUACUUAUUUUGUGACAGAACAUGCUAUUAGAAUACAAUAACUAAUAACAAGUGAACCCGCAUAGUAAUGGUAACCAUCAGAAUUAUGUAUACAUAAUAUCAGUAAGCAUUUUUUCUGCAGAUUGCAGUUUAGUAUUUCAUUUGAUUGCAGUGGGGCUUUUUUUUAAAACACUUCAUGGAAGGAUUAUCUAGCUGCUAAAAUGCUCAUACCCAUAACUUCUGGACUGCACAUAAAUGGAACUGAAUAUUUGAACAUGUAUUAUCAUAGCAUGUUUUGGUCAAAAUAAACUUUCAUUGUAUUAGUCAGAAGGCAAAUGACAUAAGAUUUUUAAAAGUUACCUUUCUACUUUCAGAAAAAGUUGAUUUUUAGCUGAACUUAAUUUUCUUUUAUUAUUCAUUUUAUAAUAAUUCCUGAUCUGUAUUGAGAUAUUGUAUACAGUACAAUUUUUUUUCUGCUAACUUGGGCACAAUGUCAGAUUGGCAGUGGCUCGCUCCCCAAAGCAUAGGUCCAGGGGGAUCAAUCACGCUGCCGCUGGGAGAUGCAAGAUUGUAGAUUGUUGACUGCAGAGAUCACAAUGUUUCUAUUAAAGCCAAGUUGUCAAGAAAGUUCAAAUUUUAUAGAUUACAAGAGUAAAGGUAAAAUUAAUUUAACAAUUCUGUGCAAUUUCUUAAGGUAAAAUAACUGACAGGACAAAGACAAACUCGUAUGCAUUGACAUUAUGUUUUGGAAUGACUGAUAAAAAUUACAGUAUUAUACAGGAUGCAUUCAGGCCAACACAAAUUUGUGAGCGUAUUAAACCAAGGGACUUGUGCCCAACUUCAACAGAUAGUUUCUAAGUGCUUGAAAUUUUUACCAUGGGUGGUAUAACUCCAGAAGAACCAUUUUGAGGAUACCUAAACAUUCAAAUACACUUCCAAGGAACUUUAUAAACUUAAUGUUCAUAACACAAUGAGACAGUAGUACUUCCACCCACUGCAUUCUAAAAUUUGGCUGCAUGUUGAUUACGUGCAAUAAUAUGUAGUACAGAUGUAAAUUGCUCUAUAAUUGCUGAGUCCAUCAAUUUGUGGUAAAAGGCAACCAUCAGUAUAAUUCUACAGGUUAAUUUGCGCACUACGGUUCAUAUUUUGCUGAAAUAAUAGCAUCUCAACAACACAUACCAUUCUGAAUGUGUAAAGUGAAAAGCAACUUGUGGUGAGGAAGAGAUAUGUUAUGAAUGGUGAAUCACCCCAAAUUGCUGAAGCCAGAGCCUGGAGCCCCUGUUUCAAGUUCCACUUGCGCCAGAGGUCUGUAAUAACAUUUCAGAACACAUUGAUUAGAAAUAUCUAGGAUGGUAAUCAAGUAGGCUGUAUAGUAAUUGUUAACUGUUGUCAAUCAAUCACUCAUCAAGAAAAUAAUUGAAAAAGUGAGGUCUAAUUCUUUUGAGUUGUAAGUUGUUAUAGAUUUAAAAUGGCAAAUUUAUUCUUUUUCUUACCUUUCCUUUGUCUUGUUCUCAAUUCUCUUUCUCUAACAGAUAUGGAAUUGACUACACAAACUCAAGUUUACCCAUCAUGGCAGACACUGCAAGAUGGUGUGCUCCAACAAAAUAUGGAUUAUUUAAUAGCAGCCAGCCUGAUCAGCAACUCUGCACAUGAUUCUACAAUCAUAAGUGGAAUAAGUGGAAGUAACUGUGACCAAAGCAAUUCAACAAAUAAUAUAGUAAUGGUGAGGAGAAUUUGCAGACCACAUUCAAUAUCAGUCUGGCCAACAUGAUUCCAAAUUGGUGAACUGGACUAAGUGUGAGUAGAGAUACUGGUAGCAAAAAGUGCCAUACGACUUUGAAUUUGGAGUGGGUGGAACACGUGAGGCCUGCAUUGGAGUAGAUUUGAGAUAACAAAGGCGUGAGAGUUUCAGCAACUGAAUGAGCUCAAGAAGGGGAAGCAUUUGGUGAUGUUACAAAGGUGAAACUAGCAGUUGUAGCAAUGGCACAAGUUAUCCUAUGAACAGCUUGCAGUCACAAGUUUGCAACCGGUCUGAUUUAGCUUCAGAUAACUUCCAAUGUUAAGGGACAAGGUUUGUGGCAGGGCUUGAAGACAAUUACUUCAAUGUUACCAGUACUUAGUUGGAGAAAGCCUCCACUCAUUCAACGUUGAGUGUUGGUCAAGCAGGCUUGAUAAUUUAGGACAAAUGGAGGGGUCAAGAGAGUGAGGUAGAGCUGUAUGUAGUCAACAAACAAGUGGGAAAGUUGACAUGGUUUCCAGACAGCAUCACCAAUGAUAGGAUGGGCCAAAGACAGAUCUUUCGGAGUGGGAACCAGAGACAAGUGCUGCAAGAGUGGACAGAAAAGCAAUUGCAGUGAUUCUUUUGACUAUGAUUGCAUAAUGGAACCAGACGAGUAUAGUCUCACCCAGCUAGACAAUUGGAGAGGCAUUAGAUUGGGAUAAUGUGACCAUUCUGUAAGGAAAGGAAGGUUGGAGUGGUGGUUAGCAAGGAUUCAAAAGUCAAUAUUUAUUUUGAAGAGAUGAAAGACGGCAGCAGACUUAAAGGAGAGAGGGGGGACCAUAUUCAAGGGGAGACAGAACCACAAACAAUAUUGGUUAGUGUGCGAGUUAAAGGAAAGUUGCAUUGCCAGAAACUUAAUGGGAAUAGAAUAGAAGGAUCAGAAGAUGGACAUAAUAACCUUGGAGAAAGACUGUGAGAAUACAAGAGAAAAUUCAAAAAUUCACAACAGCUGUUGUGAAAGAUUACACCAGUUUUAUCUGGAUAGAGUGAAUGCAAAUUGCAACGUGCAAGUGUUAAGUCUGUAGCUUAUCCCUUCAAUGGACAUCUCUGGACUGGAGACAUUUCUCAAUUGACCUUAACCAAUUGCAAUUUUAAGUACAGUCCUUCUUGCACUAAUUAGUUUGAAUUAUUCAUUUUGAAUCAAGCAACAUAAACAAAGUAAGACUGUGAAUGCUGUAUUUAGUAAGAGUAAAUUCUUGAAAUUUAGAAAGA